AUGGACUUCUACGGUACGGCAGUGACGGCCAUCACCCAAGUCUACCAAGUAACUAUCUUCAUCAAAGGUGUCGUCUCCGACAUCAAAGCCUUUGACGACGACCGCGCCGAGAUCCAGCUGAAGCUCAAUCUCCAACUCACGACCUUGCUCUUCUUCAAACGCAUCUCCUUUCAUCCCGAGCAUGGCCUCCUACUCCCGGGAAAGCUAGACCCUUUCAUCGCCGACACUGUCGAAGGGCUCCUGGUGCAGAUGCGGAAGACCCUCGCCGAGUACGAGCUCGUAGCGGUAAAGUACGGUCUCAUCGAUGAGGAACUUGCCAUCGAGCCCGAUAAGCCCGCCAAGUCGCAGGAGUCGCUGCUGGAGCGCGCAAAGAGCAAGGCCCGAUCGCUCAAACUCAAGGGAUACGACUGGUCGCUCUUCGACAAGAAGAGGCUGAACCGCAUCCUGGACGCGUAUACAAAGUGGUCCGAGGACCUGCGCAAUAUCAUGCUGCACAUGUCGCAGGAUACGUUGGCCCGGAUGGCAGAGAGCGAUCACCAGGGAUUGCGGAGCAGUGGCCUGGAGCCCGUGAUGAAGCGCCGGACGCUGGCCGCGGCCAAGGCACCGGCCGACUAUCGGAGUUUAGCUGGGACGCUUGCAGAAGAAGGCAAGACGAUGGGCGGCUUCCGACUGGGGAAGUGGUCGGCGUCGGAAUCUGAGGCAAUGACGGUGAUUGUCGAGUACCACGAGUACGAGAGCAAGCUUAAACGCGACGACCUCGAACCGGACGAGAUCGAAGAACUCAAAGACCCGAUCCGCAAUCUCGCCUGGCUCCUACAGAACACCACCUUCACCGGCACGUCAUCCAACUCACUUGACCAACCAAAGAUCUACGCCCUCGAAUGUCUCGGCUUCAUCGACCAACCCACCGAAGAGCGCACCGUCUUCCUUUACAAACUUCCCCCUGCGAACCUACCACAGACACGACACUCACAACCCUGCACGCCUUCAUCAACGCCGUCGACAGCCAAACCAAACGCCCACUGA